CGCGAGUUGAGUACCGUAGUAUGCGGCGUCGAGUCCACGAGCAAGGUUACCCACGCUCACUCGCAUCGUAUGAUCGCAUCAUAGACUCGCAUUCGGGAUUCAGUCGCCGCGGCGUGAGUGCGUUUUGUGCGUGCGUAAACUGUAUUUAUAAAACGAGAUAUUAUUAACGUAGCGUACGCAGUGGUGUCGCAAUCUGUAUUAAGUAAACAAAACAGUGUUAAUUGCGAGAUUUCUAUUUGUACAAACGCGUAUAAUUGUGUAAUGUGACGUUAAUAUGACAAGUGUUUUAAAAAAAUCAAAAGGCACAAAAGGUAAAUCAGAAUCCAUGCAAGAGGACCUACCGUCGAGAUGGGGGAGUUACUCCCAUGUGAACAAGAUUGAUGACGUUGCUAUGUUGAUCAAAUACAUCGAUGACAAUGUUAUUGGAAAGGAAAAAUCGUUUUGCGGACCAUUCGGAAGACGUAAAGUUGUGUACUGCGACUACAAUGGUUCCGGCCGCGCAUUGCACUGGAUUGAGGAAUAUAUUGCAAGAGACGUGUUACCGACACACGCCACGCUGUGCACCUCACUCUCACACACAUCGGGUCAAAGCGACAUCUACAGAUCUGAAUCGAAGGCGAUAAUUAGAAAUGCAGUGGGAGCUUGUGCUGAAGAUGUGGUUGUAAUAGGAACAUCCUUGCCGAGGUUUCUCAGGACUCUAAGACCACAAAGUGUUGCCCUUUUCGUAUCCUCCAGAGAAACAGAAAGGCAACUGGCGCCAUGGAAGGAAUGUGGAGCUGAGAUAAUCAAAAUACCGGAGACAAAGGAAGGCUUUAUAGAUUUAAACAAUCUAGAACAGAGGUUGCAACAAAAUACUGGUUCGGGGAAACGGAUGAUUGGGUUUUUCCCAGCGGCAUCAAAGCUGACAGGUGUCUUGGCAGAUGAUGUGGCUACCACAUUGCUACUACACCAAUAUGGUGCAUGGUCUUUCUGGGAUUAUACAUUAGUGGCGCCAUCUUCGUCUGUCGACAUGAAUCCUAAGUUUGCUGGCGUCGAAGAUGAGAUGGUGAAGAAAGAUGCUGUGUUCUUUAACUGUGAAAAGUUUGUCGGUGGCGUACAAGGUCCCUAUGUGACAAUUGUGAAGAAAGAUGUUUUCAGAAAUACUCUUUUUUAUACGGACGAUGUUGAGGAGUUGUCAGAGCGGAUCGAAGAGUUGAAGUCUACGGAGGCUGUAAGAGCUGCAAUCGUAAUGUUGCAGCGAGAUGCUGUCGGCUUACAGAACAUAGCUGAUAGACAAGACCAUAUCACUAGACAAGUGUUAUCGCACAUAAAAAAUAUACCAGAACUGAUAUUACUCGGAAGUGAAUCUGCAACGGGACGAAGGCUACCAAUAUUUUCACUAAUGGUAAAACACCCGCGAGGCACUUUCCUCCACCAUAACUUUGUUUGUGCUGUAUUGAAUGACGUCUUUGGAAUUCAAGCACGAGGGGGCCUCAACAGCAAUCUCAAUUAUGGUUCAGAUAUUCUUGGAAUAGAUGAACAACUACUCAAGGAAUAUGAGAAAUUAUUGAAUGUUGAAGCACAAAAAGAAAUUGCUCGAGUUCGAAAACUUAGUGAUGUAAAGGCUCCAGAUGUACCAAUUUAUAAUGAACAUUUAAGACCAGGAUUUUGUCGAGUCUCACUACCUUUUUUUAUGUCAGAAAAUGAAGUAGCCUUCGUUUUAGAAGCGUUAAAAAUGGUUGCCACAGAAGGAUGGAAAAUAUUGCCUCAGUAUGUAGUAAACCCGCAAACCGGACAAUGGAGACAUCAUUCAUGCUCCGUUUUAAGAGAUAGAAAAUCAUUGCUUUCCCUUAAAUUCAGCGAAGGAAAAAUCGUUGCACACGAAAGAAGAAGUUUCUGGUAAGCAUAGAAUAACGGGCCAGGAAUAUUUCCUCAAACCUAUACAGAAUGUCUACAAACUGCAAGAAAUUUGUUUAACAGAGCACGAAAACUAGCCAUGAAGUGCUCAACUGCAGAACCUGAAGUGUCGUUUAACCCUCGAAUAGAUUAUUUGAGAUGGUUUAUGUUACCUAAGGAAGCCCAUGAACUUUUACUGGGUCGAUCAGCGAAUGUCAAACAUAUUGUGCCAUUUGACCCUUCUGGUUAUACAGGAGCGAGAAAAAGCCUGAACUCUUCAAGAUCUGCAAUCACUUCGUCACCUGUAUUAGGGUCUUCUCCUCGACAUUUUAGUCUUUCAGCCAUUGAUGACUGCCAAAUAUUUAGACUGAAGCAAUCACAAAAGUUUUACUCUAGGGAGUCUAGUCUUAAAGAAAUGUCCAACGAAAAUGCAAAACCAAAUCAUCCAGUGAAAUUUGCGGUUGGCGAAACAGUAUCUCCGCUACGUUUAUGUCCUCAAACAACGAAACAAUCUCUACUCACGAGAUCUAGAUGUUAUAGUUUAGGUUCAGAUAGUCCUCCAGUUCCAUUGAGCCCACAAACAAAGUUAAAUCUUGGACUAAAGGAGGCUAGUCCAAAUAAUGUAAUUGAAUUACAGAAAACUGGCAGCUAUUGUAACUGUGGUAGCCAAACUGAUCUCCAAUCGUUGGACGACCCCAUGAUCUCACCCGGAAAAGCAUUCCCCUAUAGCGCUCAAAACAGUACUUCUAUAUCCGAUUGUAGCCAAAUCGGACGCACAUCUCCAGCCACAUCAUUAACGUCUCACACGUCGGAAGAUCUGCAUGCGUAUGUUAAAGAGAUGACAAAAGAAAUAGCAACGGAGAUCAAGUCAGAGAUACGCGAAGUCAUUUCUAAAGUCGAUGACAUCUUGGAGAAUUCUGAUGCGGUCGACCAGUCAAAUCUUAGUCUGAAUUCGAUAUCUAGUCAGAAUGAAAGGAAUUCAGUAUCAGUAAUAGAUGUAGCAGAAUAUUUAAUGGGAAUGUCCAGAGAAAUGGCAUCCGAAGUAAAACAUGAAAUUCGUGAAAUGGUUAGUCAAGUUGACGAAAUGAUCUCUCCGGAUUACGUAGGAUAUUGUUCAAGAAAAUCGUCACCGCCUCGACUUAGUCGACAGCGAGUCGGUUCGGGUCCUGACCUGGGGCUUGAUUUAAAAAAAUCCACACAAACACAAUGCUUAAAAAAAUGUUCGACAAGUCCUGUUUUACCAUCUCAAUACAUUGACGAUGAUGAAACACGAUUUUGCAAGAGAUCGCCAUUGGCACAGUCUCCAAAAUCUGCUCAAUGUACUCCUUCUCACGAGGCUUCUGGCCCAAAUAGCAUUUCAUUCAAUUCCAGUGAAACUUCUACACCAGAUACUAUUAUUCAAGUUGUAACAACAAGUCAAAAUUCUCCUAAUCUUCCUAAAUCUUUGAGUUCAAAUAAGUUGUCGGACGAGGAGACUAGUUGCAAUGACGUUACAUGUAGACAUUGUUGCAUUAAGAAAUCUUGGUGCCAAAAUCCUUCAGUAAGCUCUCAGGAUAGCGGAAUUAAUAUGACUUUUACGGAAACUGACUCUUAUGUAGAAUUUGAUCCAACAACAAAUAAAGCGAAGAAGAUUCAGAGCAGACUUCGAAUAUGUCAGAAACACGAGAAAAGUGAGGUGCCGGAUAUAAUUGAAGGAGUGCCGGUUUGUUCCGGGGACCAUGUAAGGCAGACUACUAGAUGCAAAGACACCAGUGCAGAUUCCGGAAGAGUGGUUUUUCAAAUACCCGAUGAACCAGACAGGCAGAAUAGAGCUGUAACAUCGGUGACGGAUUCAAAGCGUUCAAGUAGAUCUUCCAACGCGUCGUCCAGCUGUUCUGAUCGUAGUUCUAGAUCUAGUGGUUAUGGAACUGACCAGAGACAAUCCCACGAUGAGAAUUGCUACGAAAGAAGUGAGUCAGAGUGCCGCCUUUUAAAAGAGGACUUCUGUUGGGAAGAGGAUCAAGAUGAUAGUAGUGCUUGCAGUGAUUCUUCACUAACUGACUUCACUUUCGACGAUGAGGGCAAGUGGCACUGCCCACCAAAACUAAUAUGGAAGGCUACAGUGGAGGCAAUCCACGAGUUCAACAUGAUCAGGCCAGGGGACAAAGUUCUCAUUUGCUUGUCUGGUGGUACAGAUUCCAUAGCGUUACUACACACCAUUCACCAGUAUCAAUUCUACGCUAGAUCUAAGGGGAUACACUUUAGCAUUGGGGCUUUGUUUGUACACGAGGAUAAAUCAGAAGUUGACCCUCUUCACCUGAUGGCUUACUGUCGAACUCUUGGCGUCAAGUUGAUCUAUCAAGACAAAUUAGAGGAUAUUGAAUCGGAAGGCGGUAUACGCACGGGGCGUGCACGACGCUCGCUUCAAAGCUGGGCUAAUCACGGUGUACGCCGGCGCGCGUACGCAGCGGCGCGAGCGCACGGCUACAGCGUGGCGGCGCUUGCGCAGUCGCUGGAUGCGGCCGCGCGAGCUUUCCUUGCCGCGUUGUUCCACUCAGGCGCACUAGCAGCACUCAAAGCGCACUACAGAGUCAAAGAACACGACAUCCGUAUCAUACGACCGUUCAUCUACGUACGUUCGCGGUCGCUGGCCGCGUUCGCGCGCGCACGCAUGCUGCCGGACUUUCGCGGCCGCGACGUGCGCUCGCCGCCGGCGAGCCCCACGCGCAGCGACGAUGAUGACACUAAAGAACUGGGCCAUAUGGAACGAUCAAUAUCAGAGCCUUGCGGUUCGACUGAGAAGCAAGUGUUCACGCAGGCUCGCCGUUCACUCGACGAGCCGCUCGACGAAGCGCUGGAUCCGCUUGACAUGGCUCACGACUUGCUCGGCUCACAGGAACGGAUUCAUCCCUACUUAUUCUCUAGCUUGAAGAGCGCAUUGCAUCCGCUUAUAAGUGCUAGGAAAGAUCUGAAAGAAAAUAGACAUAGAAAGAGAUCGGUGAUCCAAAUGAAGAACGGAGCGCCAGUAUAUGACUCCGAAGAAGGUACCGAGGAAGAACCAGUGCCAUAGACAAAUGUCAAGUUUCCCGCCAAAAUGUGCAACGUCAAACUACUAGUUGUACUUUAUCGCGUUAAUAGAAAUUUGUGAUUAUUCAGUGAUCGUGUAUUCAUUAUUGUGAUGAGGGCGUUUAUUAAAUAGUGUUAAAUGAAUUAAUGUUAUGAUGUUAGAUCGUGUGUAACGCGAAUGAAUUAAUUAUUUGAACAGUUUGAAUUUGUACUUUGUUUUGUUGUAUUAUGUUUGGUAUUGCCAUACGAUAAACUAAACUACUUAGUGGUAACUUUUAUAUUUUUGACAAAUUUGUAAUUGAGAACAAAGUGCAUUUGUUACAGUCUGCUAUUGAAUGAUAGGGAUUAUAUUUUUUAAUGUUAGUUUUUACGUGUUGAGAUUGUUUGAAUGAGAAUAUGUAUAUUGAUUCCUAUUUAUACUGUCAUGUUGUUCGAUUUAAAUAGGUACACAUGAUAAAAUAUAUGAUGUUCAAAAUUAAUACCUAGAUUUUAUCGUUAUUUCUAGUUUUGAACUAGGCUCCAGUUGUAGCUGGAAUUGGUCCCAAUAGUAUUAAGUAUCAACAAUACAGAUUGGUGCAGUCGGUACUAAAAGUCGAGUACUACUUAGAAAUUUAUAAAAAACGCUAUUAUAUACACAGAUCAAUCAAAAAGAUUCACAAUAGAAUUGGAUGGAUACCAUUAAAGGACGAAAUUAGCUGAGAGCAAUCGUUUAUGUAUACAAGGGUGUAUAAACAUUUUGGAAUUUUUGAUAUGUUGAUAGACUUUUAAUUCUGACUGUACCAAUAUCAAUACAUACUAAAUAAAAUAAAAUUUAAGCUGAGCUAUCUAUACUAUGUUUACUGCUGUGCUCACAGUCGUGUUCAUUAUACACAACUGAUUUUACAUAGAAGUUAAUAACAUUCUAAUUAUCCUAUUUCAUUAAUAUAUUAAUAAGUAAUACUUAUUGGAACGACAUAGAUUUAAUCUAUGAAAAGAUGGAGAAAGUAUCUGCUGUAUCCAUGUAUGUAUUAGGUGUUAUGAGUAAUUGAAAAAUGAUAGAUUAUGGAUGAAAUGGAAGCUAAAGAUGUGACGAAAAGAGUACUAACUUUUAGCAAUCGGAAAUUAACCAAUAAUAUUUAUGAAACUAAACAACUGUAUACUCAUGGGUCGGUGUAUGAAAACAAUUUUGGUACAUUUUUUAAUGUAUACUAUGAGCGCCACUGUAUGUACAAUUCGAACUAUAAUAAAUCGUAAUCUAAAUAUAUGGAAGACUGCACAGUAUUCUAUUAAACACACAUUACGUUUUAAUAUUAUAGUUUCAACUGUAUGAUGUGAUGGGACCGUCUGUAGCCUGCAUAAUAAAUUGAUACAUGUCAUUGUAUGAUUGCGGAUCUUUUUUGUAUUUCUUUAAUAAAAUUGUUCAGUUUCAUAAAUAUUAUCCCUGGAUUUCCGAUUUGUUUUACUUCUGUUAUACGCUGUUUAACUUUUAUAAGUUAAAACAUAUAUAACUAUAACAGUGAGUCAAAUACGGUUUGUUUUAUUACAACGAAUAAAUAUAAUUUGUGUUAAUUUUAUAACAGUUAAUAGAUGGCAACAUUUAUUAAUAAGCGCAUCUAUUAAUUUUUAUUUUUACAGUUUAAGUUUGAGUUCGAAAUUUAAAUAGUCUUGAGGAAAGUACUAAAAAGAGUUUAGAAUGGCUAUGGUUUGAACUCUAUUGUUUUCUAACUUCAGUAUAUUUUUUUGUAUAACUUUUUAUUGUUUGACUUUUGUGAUGUCAAAGAGAUCUAUUAACGUUUUUCUAUGUCGCAAGUCUAUUCGUAUUAUAUUUUAUAUGAAAUGUUUAUACGAGAAUUAUUUUCGUUUAUUAUAAACAGACAAUAUACAAAUAAGAUACCUGUUAUCCACAUAAUAUAGAGAGAAAUAAUUAUAUUGUUGACAAACAAAAAUCCCAUAAUAAUUGCUUCCAUUGUAAUAAAAUAAUCGUAUUCUUAUAUAUUUUGUCGUAAAAUAAAUAAUGUUUUAAUAGUA